AAUAUCUUUGUGUGAUGUCAUAUUCCUGCGACGUUUUGGGGUCUGUGUACAUUUAGGAUUCUAAGAGGUUAGCUUUGCAUCUAUGCACUUAAAUGGGUUUGGUAUUUAAACUCUCUAAUCAUUUAUCACAGUCCGACGGUGUGAGUACGGAUUUCCCCCCCAAAACUAAUUCUGUCUUGUAAUGCGGGUACGUCGCAUAAAUGACUUUACUACGACCAGCAGUAUUUGCUUGAGAAGAGCUAGUGGCGGCUAACGUAAUUUAUGCGGAAUGCGCAUCCAUUGCGGAUGUGGUGCAGAAUAUAUGCGCAUUGCUGCGACACAGGUAAUUUUGGCCUUUACAUUUAAGAUAUUCCCUUAAUUAAACAAUUAGUUAAAUGUGAUUCCAACUAUAUUAUCCAUGCAUUCUUUGUUUUUAUUUCUCGCCCGCUCUUCUGUAACCUCGGACUUUUUCUCGUCAUUGCCAGAUUUGUUGUCAAUUAGGAGAGCUCUCAGAUAUCUGCAUGUAAUUAAUGAUUCAAAUACAUAAUGUCAAACAUAACAGAAUAUCAGAUCUCCGAGUUUCGCUUUUGGACGAAAGCCACAGGUUUUUGUUAGGUACAAGAUACAAACAACAAAAUAUCGCAAAAAUUGCACAAAAUUAGUGUAAAUGCACAUAAACUCUUUAUAAAAUGACACGUUAACCAAUUGCCGUUCCGUAGUUAGUAUCUAUUUUCUGUAGUUGUGUAUUACUGAGCCCAUUAUCAAGGCUGUCCUUGUUAGACAUUACAAUGAAGCAAUGAAUGCCUUGCCAUGGAACAGCAUGGUGGCUUUUUACCCUCCUUGUGAAUGGCACGCUGUCCACCAGUCACAUUGGUGUGUCUGUAAACCACAACAUAUCCAUGACUGAAUACUACGAGGAGGGAGGGUUGCUGUAUGAGCACUCACCUCCCAUGCACAUCAAAGUGGAGUCUCCAGAGGGUCCCUUCGGAGGCGGGGUCUCAGAGGAUGGUUUCCCAAGGGAAGAUGAUGACUCAGAAGCCAGUUGUGACCACCAGAAUGGUGGGUUGCCUAGCAGCCUGCCCUUUAACGUUGUGGUUGUGCAUCCCAACAUAGUCGCACCUGGAAUGUCUUCAGAUGAACUCAUCCCAAUUGAGCAAAAUCAGAUUCAUCAUGCUGGUAUGGAGACGAAGCUGACCAUUGGGGUCUGUGCAGAGGACUUUUCUGGUUCUCGUGGUCUUUGCUGAGGACCUGUGCUGAUGGCCAUGUGUCGAUGAGGUCUUCACAGGGGAUUAUCUAGUUGACAUGGUAUCUGCUGACAUUCAUGGCUGUGUUGUGGUCGCUUCUAGAUGUUGGUCCACCAUCUGGUCUGGAUACGGCCUGGAUCUGACUGACUACGGGUAGCAUGUACCGAGUGAAAAGCAACAGUCCUAGUACUGAGCCUUGCGGUACUCCAUCCUGAACUUGUGAUCGAUAUGAUACCUCUUCAUUUACUGCUACAAAUUGAUAACGAUCAGAUAAACAGGGGUGUGUCUUCAGCAUUAGCCGCAGGAGGCGUAGGAAAAAGGAAGAGCCGCUUUAGCGGGGCAGAGCUGGAGGUGUUGGUAUCAGAGGUGACCCGGUGUGAGGGGGAGCUGUUCGGUCCAGCAGGGAGGCUCCGGCGCAGAGAAAGAGAGCGAAUUUGGGCCGGGAUACUUGAGCGUGUCAAUGCUGUGUCUAGAGUACCACGGACACUAAGAGAAGUGAAGAAACGCUGGGAUGACCUGAAAAGACGUAACGGUGGUAGACUGGCUGACGCGAGGCACCGCACCUGCUACCUGCCUUCCAGCAGAGGGGCCGCGAUUAUGGGAAGGCCAACUCAAGUCAGUCCCAGGCUCCAGCAGUCUCGUCAAAAGCAGAGCACUAGAGUAAAAGCCAGUUUUAGUUGCUUGUCAGACACUGAUCCAGUUGCAGUUGGAGAUGGUUCUGAAAGAGAUGGUUUCGAAAAGGAGGAAGAAGCUGGUGAGCAAGACUGUGAUGAUGGAGAUGAUUGUGAGGGUGUGGAGAACAGCAUGGAGGAUAAACUGGGCUUGGGCCUGGGUCUGGGAAUAGUACCACCUCCGACAUCAGAACGCUGGCUACCUCCUUCACCCCUUUACAGUGCACCCUUCCUCAACGGGACCCCUCAUACAAGCCCAGAACCAUCCUUAGGGACCCACCAGGGCCCACUGGAGCCCCCUCCACCACGCACUUCCUGGCUGGAAGAUGAACUUCGUGGACUGGGAGAAGCAGCCAUGCAGCUUGGAGAUCGCAUGGAGCAGAACCUGCGCGAGUUUGGAGAAGGCUUCAGAAGCGAUAUGCGGAAGCUUGUGGCUUCACAAGAGGCACUUACAAGCAGCUUGCAGCAGAAUAAUGUACUUUUGCAACGUCUGUUGGGUCUACUUGAGAUGCAGCAUCAGCCGCCUCAGCAGCAAAUUCCACAACAGCAACAACAAUUACAGCAACCUGCACAGCAGCAACAGCAACAGGAACCUCCACAACAGCAGCCUUAUCAGCAAUUGUUAUUGCCACAGGAACAUCCACAGCUAGAGCAGCAAAUCCCAGCAACUGUUCCACCACCUCCAGAUAUUUUAGAUGGUACUCGGCACACUGAACCACCGACUGACAUAAAUGGAGUAUCGCAACGGCCACGCCGUGGCAGAACAGUAGACCUCAGACGAAGACGCAGACGUUGAUGUUGCCGUGAGAUGUGCAAAAAUAAACUGUAUUCGGUUACAGUAAAUGUAUUUAUUUAAAGCAAUGUUUUAUAAGGUUAACUAGUUGCAGAUUGUGCCAUGUCAUUGCAGCCACAUUUUAUGUUAUGCCUGUCGCAGAUAUAUAAUAAAGUGUAUUAUAUGUACACCAAACAGCUCAAAGCUAUAUCAAAAUUGACUUAUGAACUCUUGUUGCUGAUAGUAAAUUACUAACAUUUUAUGGAUCUGCUUGCUCAAGUUCAUAUAUAAUAAGUUUAGAAAAAUAUUCUCUAGACAGGCCUAAAACUUUUCAGUAUUCAUGCUGUGGCAUGAUAAACUUCAUAAAUUUUUAUUCUUUGAUUGAGGCACCGCAGAUCAGAGCAAAAUGACGUUUUACUUUUGCUACUAUCACUGUUUAAGAAAAUACAUCCAAAUGCUGUUUUAAAGGACAUUGUAUUGCAUAGAAGUUCCCCAGUUCCAUGGAGUAAAUGCAGUUAUCAGAAUUACUGACUAACGUAGAGAUCUAAGAUUGCCCAGUCACUCUGCAUGCAAUACAAGAUAGCUAAGCUCAAAUAUACCUUUUUGCUAACUUUUCACCAUGUUAACAAAAAUAAUGUGUACUUGGAAAAAAUGUCUGCCUAUGAACAAGUUUUAAUAAAAGCAAUCAAUACAUUUAUCACCUUUUCCUAUUAUCACAGUCAAUUAUAUAUUAAGCAGCACAACUGUUGAUACAACAUACAUGUUUGUCAUGUGACACUUAAGUCUGGAGAAAUGGCUGCUGAAAAUUCAGCUUGGUCAUCAGGAAUAAUAUUUUUUUUUAAAUUGUAAUAACAUUUAACAAUAGUACUGUUUUUACAAUAUUUGUGAUUUAAAAAAAAAAAAUGCAACCUUAGAGCCCCAAAUUAAUGUUUCUGUAUUUUUUCUGUAGAUUAACAACCAGUUUACUGAAGAGUCAAAAAUUCAUUAUUCGUUACUAAAUAUUAUCUACGCAAAAAGGAUGUGAUUCGGUACAUGGCUGAUCACGGUCUUCAAUACAUCUGCUAAAUUAUUAAAACAAUCUCUAUAUGUAAAUCUAAGAUGCUAAUAAUUCGGAACCAUCAACAUUUAUCGAAAGGUGUCGCUUUAAAUGUAGCCGCAGAGAGCGCAUGUGACGUAACACACGCUUCCAAUCAAUCGCUGGCUUCCAUGUUUUUAGGGGUGGAGAAAAGAGAAAGAAAUAUGUGAAAAUGGCUACUGUACAGUCUGAAUCCGAACAACCAUUAGAUAAUAAACUCAUUAACGGUACACUAGCUGAAAAUAAACCUGAACUACAACUUGCAUCUGCUACAGUCGCUGAUUGUGACGCGGAGGUUUGUGCACAAGGCAGCGACAUAAAGGGACCGACAGAGCCUGGUGUUCCGUCUUCACCAAGUGAAAAUUCAUCUCCACAUGGCGCUGCUCUUUCACCACGCAACAAAGAUGAAUCGGGAAUGUCAUUUAAUUGGAAAUCUACGGUGGACAAGGAAAAGACGGAUGUGCUUUUCGAAAAUAAUAACGGUGAUCUUGUUUCAGCUGAGCCCGGAACGGAUUGCGGGGAGACAUCGGAUCGUUUGCACAAUGAAAACAUCGGGCAAGAAAACGACAAAGAAGAAACGGCAGACAAAACUAUAGAAAAUGUCAGCAAAGAUUCAAAGCUUGCUAUAGAGGAGGAACACCCAGCAAAACAAGAUGAAGAGUCGACAAAUGUAAGUGAAGACUCAAAGUCUCAUGAAGAGGCAACACAAAGCACAGAAGUGGAGAUGGAGGACAAAGGAGAUCCCAAAAGCAUGGAGGAGGUUAAGGACAACACAGAAGAGAAGGAAGGAGAAGAUGAGUCGAAGAGUGACGGGAAAGGAUUAGUUGUAAAACGAAGGAAAAGCCGCCUGGAAUGCAAUGAAUGUGGUAAAAAGUUCACUCGCCGGGAAACAUACAACCUGCAUCGACACUUUCACAUGCAUCAGGAUGAGCAGGCUUCCCUCGUUUGUAAAGAAUGUGGCAUCACUUUUCAGCAUCGAAGUGACCUCAUCAAACACCGCAGUAUUCAUAAAGAAAAUAGCCAACCAAGUGUGUCGCAUUCAAAACGCUCUACGAUGAUGUACAAGGAACGGAGGAGAUAUGUGUGUGAGCAUUGCGGUAUGUGUUACUCAACAAUGAUGCGAUUAAGGCUUCAUGCUUGUGAACAGAACGUGGAGAAGCCUUUUCGCUGCCCUCUGUGCCGCAAAGAGUUCCAGUAUAGGGUGUCCAUCAAUGCCCACAUGCAGAGUCACUCAUUGGACAGUCCUUAUCGAUGUCUGGAGUGCAACAAAGGCUUUCAUAGUUUGGUGACGCUGCAUAUCCACCAACGAUCCCACGCUUCACUGAAGCCGUAUGAGUGUCCAGAUUGUAGUAUGGUCUUUAAGCAUCGCUACGUUAUGGAGGACCAUCGACGCAGGCACGUGGAAGAAAGAGCACACCUGUGCAAAAUCUGUGGGAAGAACUUCAAAUACAGCAGCCUUUUGCAACAGCACCAGUAUCUCCACACCGGCCGAAAGCCUUACCACUGCUCAUACUGUGGAAAAACAUUCGCUCUUGCACAAAACAUGCGAGCACAUUUUCGACAACACAAAAAGAUCUCAGCUAGGUCUGAGGCACGUAUUACAAACCAUAAUGUAUCUCUUGUGGGGCAAGUUGGUAAAGAGAACGCAAACGUUGAGCAACAGCGCAACUGUCCUCUAUGCCCUCAAAUCUUUUAUAAAGCAUCUGAAUUAAGAGCACACAUGUUAAUCCAUGAAGCAGAGUAUGAAAAGAUGAGUAAUGGAAAACGAUUCGAUAAGGUCUAUGCAUGCCAGUAUUGUCCUCUCAAAUUCCAGACGGAAUCUCUCCUGCAGUCCCAUUCACAAACGCAUAUGACAAACAUUUUGGGUAUCAACACGACACAUAUCACAAAUCAGGUUAAAGCAGUACUUGAAAAGCAGGAUAUUGGUAUGGAUGAGGCGGAUAUUGACAGUAUGUCAGGAGUAGGGGGUUUGGAGAACCAGACGGAGAAGAAACCGUUCAGGUGUCGAGACUGUGGAAAGUGCUUUCGUUAUCGUUCAGUGUUAGAGCUCCACAUGCGCAUACACAACAAGGGUUACCAGUGUCAAGUGUGUAAAAAGUCCUUUAGAUUUAGUAGCUAUUUGCAGCAGCAUUCGAUUAUCCACACUGGCAAGAAGCCAUACAAAUGCCCAGACUGUGGUAAGGAUUUCGCAUUUCAUCAUAACAUGAAAACACACCAGCGGCUGCAUCAACAAAAGCCAUUUCGCUGCACGCAGUGCCGAAAAGGCUACAGCGAUGAGAGUCAGCUUCAGCGGCACAUGCUUUCCCAUACAGGUGAGAAACCUUACAAGUGUCAUCUUUGUGACAAGAGCUUUGCUUUGGCCUACUUGCUCCGAGACCAUCUAAACACUCAUACAGGGGAGAGACCCCACCGCUGCCAGGAGUGCCAUAAGUCAUUCCCUUGGCUUAGCAGCUUGCUUGUGCAUCAAAAGAUUCAUGUGCGUAAACGGCAAGGUCAGAGUCACAGUUAUCCACUGUCCAUACAUUCUCAAAGAGGUAGAGUAAGUACCGGCAGGAGAGGAAGGCCAAGGUUAGAUCGAGACAUUGGAAGGUCGGCAUCUCUACCUGGUAGACUCGUACAAGAAACGCUGUUGCCAAAUGUGGUUCCCCAACAAUCCAGUAGCUUCGAUGCAAAUAGACCUGAACACAUGCAGCUGAGAUCGCAGCACUUGCAGACGAGAAAUCAUUCCCAGCAGGUUCCAAUGCAGCAAGAAUGGCAGCUACAAAUGGCACCUUCAGAAGAGCUGCUGCUCUCUCAGAAGCCCACAAGUUCCUUGGAAGCCCAGCCAACUAAUGCAGUGCAGAUGCAGUGGUCAGGAAGUCACCUUAAGACUAUAUUGCCUAAAUGUGAUGGUCUCCCAGAGCUCAUGCACCAGCAGCAACCAUCUCAAGCAAAUGUACCCAUAUCAACACAACCUAAUCAUUACUCCGAGAUCAAUGUAUCUGAAGCAGAGCAAAAGGGCAAGCAUCCUUCUCUCUGGGUGAGUACACCAAACUCCACUCUGCAGAAGACCUCUUCAGAAUCACAACACCACAUGGACAGGCCUUCGCCUCUGGACGUGAAAAUACAGUCACCGAGAUCCAUUCAGGACCCGCAGCAGUCCCAAUGGCCAGUACUCUGUGAUUCAAUGCAAACAUCUAAUCCAGAGCUGUUCAAUAAUUCAUCAGAAGAUGGUAAAGUAACUGCUGACUUAGAAGCACCAACCAGCAACCAAGCUGAUAAACUCACUCAUGAUUUGCAAAUGCCAAAUUCCUCUGGUCUGGCUAAAACAGAAAUGGGUCAGGCUGGUGGUAUAUUGCUGUCCACUGGUGCUUCCGGUCUACCGAAUACUAAUCCAUGGGGAAUGAAAACAUCUCUAGAAAUGUCUACAACUGUAAGCUUACAAGACAUACCUGGAGAUGCAUUAGAGAAGCAGCAAAACAGACUAAUCCAGCAUUUGCCACAACAAAUGCAGCUACAACAGCAGCUUCUUCAACAGCAACUUCAUCAGCCACAACUCCAGGAACAGCCUCAAAUACCUCCUACUUGGGUUAGUGCAGCUCCCCCAAACCAGAUGGGACCAGUGAACAUGCCGUAUGCACCAGCUCAUUUUCCUCUUGGGGACAGACCUCAAAUGUGGGGGUUUCAGGCUGCUCCAGUUGUUUCCCAAGCCCUCGUAAAUGGACCAGUUCAACAAGGCCACAUCCAACAGCAUGUAGCUUUAAUUUCUGGCCAGCGGAUUCCUCUAAAUAAGCCUCCAACUUUUAUCUCACCCCCUUUUCCUCCACCUCCACCAGCUCUGAAUUUACCUCCACAUCCAAUGCAUUCUGUUGGAAGGCAACUUCCAGGUCCGUUACCACAAGGCAUCUUCUUCACCUCACAGAGCAACAUUAAUGAGAUGCCAUUAAUGCCACAAGUAACAAACUUACCUCAGUAUGCCCAACAAACUGAUCCACACAAAAUGGGGAAUAAAAUGCCUUUUGCCCCGGAUCACCUGUUCCAGUGCAUGAUAUGUGGUUGUUCUUUGCCUGGAGAACUAGAAUUACAGAUGCAUUAUAUGCAACAUGCACAGCGAGAUGUCUGAGUUCGAUUUUUAGAAAUGAUAUACAUACAAAACUACAAUAGCUCAGUUUAGACUGUCUCUUUGCUGUUUUAUUGUACAUUGCUGUUAAGCUGCUGGAGUGUGUCAUGAAGAUUUAAAAUGUAUUAAUGUUUUUAUUCAGUUAUUAAAUUUUCCAGCUGAACUUA